GCAAUGCCUAGUGGUUUAGUUCCAGAUUUCGAGUCAUGUGACUCAUUCACGCAAGAUGAAUGCUCCCCAUUUAAGCGCUGCUUGUGCCCCGCACUUGCCCACUCGUACUUGCCUACCAGAGACACCUGCUCCCUUCCACCGCUCACUGUCUAGCAACAAAUCCGCAGGAUGAAACGAUAUCGAAUGGCAGGAAUACGAAGGAUGGACAGAUACGACUUUCAUGGUCACAUGCAGAAGAUCAAGGCUCUCCCUAACAAAUGGACUCAGGCGCAGCUUAAGAGAAUCAAAGACUGUGCGAGACGGAUAAACGAAAGCGGCAAACUUGGAACCAAAGAAAUCAAGAAGUUGCGACGUGAUCCUCGGGGCCAUAAAGGAGAACAAUAUCCAAAAUCAUCAAAGACACAAAGACGGCACCGGAUAUUCGCUGCGUUUCUGAAAACAUGUAUUCAAGAGUUCGGUUUAUACAUGGGGCUGUUGUGCUCGUGCGCGCUUGCACAUAGGACAAUAGCCGAUGUUGGAAGUGAUAAAAGGAAUGCCCUGAUCAAAGCCUUGAAAACAAAAAGUCUUCGGACAGAAACCCUCACAACACUCGCAUCUAAACAUGGGGCGGCAGGACGUCAAGGUGAAGACUGGCAGUAUGAAUACAACCCCAGUGCCAAAACAAUGCAAGAGAUUCUUGAUAAUAUGAAAGAGGGCGGUUCUAUGAGGCUAAAGUGCUGGAUACCGGUUGAAAAUGCACAAGACCGGCCCCAUUUAACGUUUGCGAUAGACCGCGACCUCUUUUGGAAAAUAGUGGAUAUUGCAAAUGUUGACGAUAUGGACGCUUUUAUUGAUCAGGAUUCUUCAGCAACAACGAUUGUACCAUAAUAGACUUCGACGUAUGCGUUUGCGGGAAGAACCUUGACUUCUGGUCGAGAAGAUUUGACAAUCCAGAUACUCUCGACUGAUGAACCAUUGUUCUGCUUGAAGGCCUGCAUAUACCCACUGCACUCGACCUGUCCUCCUCCUGCGAAGAUGACUUUUCUGGGUUUGGAAGAUGGCUAUGAAUUUGCUGUUCAGAUAUUUCCUACAAAUAGUAGGAGAAUGUACUUACUGCCUCCGACAUUUAAGAUGAUGUGUUACAAAGACCUUAAUUCAAACUUUGGAUGAGGGUGAAGCUUGCUAAGGUGGAUAUGCUUGUUUAUAAUACAGUGAAAUGUCACAGAAGAU